AGUCCUCCUGUGGACGCCGGUGCCUCCCGCUGAUGGCGCCGUACCGCGAUGACAGAGCCGUGAACGCCGCGGAGCUGUUGAUCCGGAGGAGUAGAGGUAUCGGGGAUGCCGGGUCUCUGAUCAGACACAACGUCAAGGUCCUUCGAGGCGUCCUACUACAGGACAACAGGGGUUUCGUUAAAGUCUGGAACAAGAGCUCAAAGUCUACAAUGAUGUAUGAGAAUGGUAAAAUCUACUUUGACAAUUAUCAGAACUGCUACAGCUGUGUUCAUGCCGAGCCUCAAGUUCUAUACAAACUGCCCAGGAGAUCUAAAUUGGAGAAAUUUGAAGAUGCGUUGCUGUGUCAGAGCCCACUUGACCGCACGUUAGCCUCCCCCUCUGAUCAGAAGCCCUGCCUCUUGGCUUUGACUGCCGACAACUGGCUGUAUCGCCUAUCAGCUGAAACAGGAGAGGAGCUGCAGAGAGUUUACUUGUCUUCAAAACACAAGUUCAGGUAUCUCGGCUGGGACGUCCCUCAAGAGAUGUUUUAUGUUAAAUCUGUUCAAAAUAAAGCAACCUCUUUAGCACGACAGGCAGGUGUUACUCAGAAUACGGUGAUGCACUUGGCCAUCUUCAAUGUCUUUCCCUUGCAAAUUGUUGGCAUUUUGGAGAUCAACAAAAAGAUAUUUGGAAAUGGCGUGACUGAUGUUGUUCUGUCCCAAGGUGUCCUCGUGGUGUCUUACAGCAACAAGUCGGUGAAGCUGUACAGCUUUGAGCACAUUGUUCAAAGGUAUAUGAAGGAGACGCUAACACUUGGAAAGCAGAGUUCACUUCUUGGUGGCAAAAGUGUGGGAGAUGUUCCCUUUGGUAUCCCAGUAAAUAUACAGAUCACAGAUCGGCCUCCGGUGCUUUUCGAGGUAUCAUGUGCUGAUAACAGUGUCCAGAUGGGAGGCUACCCGUGGCAUUACAUCUACACACCACCGCAUAAAAAUCACAAGGGCACUCACCACAUCUGUUCCCUCAAGGACAGCACUAUAGCAUCAAAUGGAAUACAGAACAUGAACUGCUGCUCUCUCGAGAGCGAUGGGAUUUUUUUCCACCCUGACGACUCAGGAAGAAUCCUUCAUGUUGGACCUGCAACGAUAAAUGUCCUGAAAAUCAUUGGUGAACUGAACAAUGGCUCAUCUUCAGAGGUGGUUCCGGAUUUCUCUAUGAAAAUCCAUCGACACAACAAUCCAACUUCACGAGUCACAGUCACCUCAUCGGGGCGAACAGUGAAGAAAAGAUUUCAUCAGCUGGACGAUGACCCAGAUCAAGAAACUUUCCGCAUAGUGGAAUAUGAGGACGAGCUGGACCUUCUGGCAGUGGUGGUUACUAACGGUGAGGAGGAAGAAGGAAGAGCCCAAAUCCGACUGCACGACAACCAGAGUGGGCAGUUACUGCGGACCGUGGAUCUGGUAGAACCGUGGGACGAGACUUUUCGACAUGAGUUGUUUUUUGACAAAGACACAAUUGUUCACAUUGAACAGAAGAACACCAGCUUCUGCUGCCAUGUCUACAAGCUCAAGGUUGCCGGAAAAUAAGGCGUUUUAUUUUUCAAAAUGAUGUAUUUAUUUGUUUUUCGUACCUGUGUGUGUGUGUGUGUGUGUGUAUGUAUUCGUUUUCCUGUAAAACAAAUGUUCUUUUUCACAUCUGGAUUAUGACCAUUGUGUCAUGUCUGUUGUGUGAACUACAUUAGAUAAUCAUUCAGUGAUUUAAAUCAUUGUAGUGUCUACACCAGUCACUCUUUUUAAAUCAAAUUGUUAUGUCUUCUGUGUUUCCACUCUAUUCAUCCAGAUAUUAACAUAUUCAUAAGUGGCUUUUUAAAAGAAUUUCAUGAACUAAUGUGUUGGUGUGGUGCAAGCUCCCCACUUUAUACAGAUUUUAAAUUGGUAUUCUUGCAUACUCUGGUAUUUUUACAUAUUGUUGUUGUUGUUUUUUAAACUGAUGUCCAUUCACAUACUGUCAAAUAAAUGCAUUUAAAAACACAA